CUCCUCCAUAGCCUCCCCAAGCAUGAGCUCCUCUCCCCUGCUCUCCUCCACCCCUCCCAUGGCCGCCCCCAGUUCCUGGGCCUCCCCGUUCCACGAAAAGAGAGCUUAGCGCUACCAAGCUCUCCGUCCUUUCGAGUUCUCGGCUGCUUUCUCCGUCCCGGUCAUCAAUCUUCGUCGAGCAGAGAGAGAGAGAAGGAGGUGGUCAGAUUUGCGCGAGAUCCAUGGGGAAGUACGUGGAGCUGCUGGACAUGGGGGUGCGCAUCGCCGCGCGGUUCCACUCCCACUGCCCGCAGACGGCCCGGAUGUACUACCACCCUCCCGCCUCCUCCUCGGCCGCCCCCGGCGCCGGCGACGCCGGCGGGAUGGUGCCCGGCGAAGGAGGCGCCGUGGCCAUGGCCAUGAUGAAGAGGCAGCAGCGGGCCGCCAUCGACGCCACGGAGAUUAUUCUCUACACCGUCGUCUAGGCCGGCUGCUGCUGCGCUCAUCCGGAUGUAUCCCGCCAUUGAAGAGAGAGAGAGAGAUGCUAUCUUCUUUUAUUGUACUUUUGUUUUAUUUUCGAAUCGAGGAGAGGGAGAUGAAAUAUGGGAGAGAAUGUUCAAUUGAUUGAAUGAAUGGAUUGAAGAAUUUGCGAGUUAAA